AUGGUCUCCUUUGUCUGCGAAGUUUGUCAAGAGGCCAUAAAAAAACCUAAACUCGAAGCACACUUUUUUCGUUGUCCGUACGCUUAUUUUAGUUGUAUUGACUGCUCUGCAACUUUUGUUGGCGACGGAUAUAAACAGCAUAUCAGUUGCAUUAGUGAGGCGGAAAAAUAUCAAAAAGGGUUGUACAAAGGCAAGAAGAACAAGCAAAACAAGAACACUAAUGUUGCAACUACUAACAGUAAUAUGAAAAAUGAAGGUUCAUCAAAGGUGAAUGGCGGCGCCAAGGAUAAAAAUAAUAAUCCCAAGACUGAUAAGAUUGUUGAGACACAAAGAAAGUCUGAUGAUUAUGAGGUAACAACCACCACCAAAAGUAGAAAAGAUUCUUCAAACAACGAUAAAGAUGCCUCAAAACAUCAUCAUCAACAAGACAUACUAAUUGAUGAUAAAUCCGAAGAUAAGUCUGAAAAAAAGAAAAAGUCGAAGACUAGUAAUAAUAAUAGCAGUAGUGCAGGUCAAGAUGGUAAUGACACUGAUUUCCCGAAAAAGAAAAAGUAUAAACCUGAAACUAGUACACCGAAAAAGAAUGUGUCAGAUCCUGCUCAGGAAUUGCUAAGCACAAAAGAAAAAGCAAUAGCAAGUACAGCAUUAGCUGCCACAAAUAAUACUGGGGUUAAGAAAACAGACAAGGAAAGUACUAGCCCCAAAAAAAGCAGAAAGAAGACAUCUAAAAAAACUCCACCAACCAAAAAUCAAGAUAUAUUUCACUCGGCCGCUUCAACACCUGAGGCAGAAGAGAAAAGAUCGAGAAACAAUGAGACAGGUCAGAAGAAACGUAAAUCUAAUGACGACGACGACGAUGAAUCGUCUCAAGGUCAAAUUCUAUCAAAAAAAAGCAGUCCGCUUAAUGGAAAAUCUGUUAAAGUUUCUCCGAAAAAACAAAAAUUGGACACAAAAGAAACAAAUCAAGAACAAAAAGCGGAGAAAAAGAGUAGCGAUGAUAGUAAAGAAGAAACAAAUGUAGCAAAGAAACGCAAAGUUGAAUUGGGUCUGGAGGCUCCUUCUGCCUCGGAAUCUGAUCAAAACUCUCUAGAAGAAUCUUCUACUACUCGGUAUCUUAAAAAGAUAAAACUAUCUGAAAAAGUAGUCUCGGAUGAUGUAUCUGACGCCUCUAUUAACACUGAUAAAAAGUCAAAAGAAAAAACCGUCAACGGGACGUCAAAGGACAAAAGGAGCCAAGAUAAUGAUAAAGGCGAGGAAUUUGACCUAAAAACAAAUAAAGAAUUAACACUCCAUCGAAUCGAAGAACUAACUAUCCGGAAUAUCAUGGCUGAUUCAAGAAACAAAUUAACCGAAAAGCAACUAAAGAAACAACUCGCCAAGAAUGUCAUAUUGGUCAUGAGUGAUAAUGAUACGAAUAUUUUCCUUAAGUAG